AGCGCGAACGGGACAAAUGGAACCAAAUAAAAAGGGGCGCGUGCUUCUGAAGCGCGGCAGAGAAACGGGAGACCGCAGCAGCGCGUGGGACAGCGGAUACACCACCGGUUACCACCGGUAACCACAGACUACAUACACGUCCGGCUGACAGUCUGCUGACGUGAAUUCCCCCUCACUCCCUCACCACUUGCUCAAGGAGAAGAGCUUCAGCUGCGUACUGGUGAGGCUGCCCAGAGCAGGAGAAGCAGGAAAGAACUACAUCUUCGGAGACAGGAUCAGAGACACAGAGAGAGAGAGGGGGAGAGAGAGAGGGAGAGUCUGGCUGAACAUCCCUCAGGAUGAAGAAAAGCAGUAGUGCGCAGGGGGUUACACCAGACGAUGAGAAUAAGGAGCCUCCUGUGGGGCAAUUUUCAACAGGCAGCACCCUGGGGGUGGAGUUGUGCAAAGUCCACAGGCGGUUUUCUGGAAACCUGCAGCUGCCUCCGUUGUCAUGGCGACAAGCAGAAAAGGAGAGGGACAGGGGCAGGCCGCUAACACCUGACGAAGAUCCAGUGACCCGGACAAGGCCGACAAGUCUGCCCAUCGUCUCUCUGCCCCGCAUCGACAUCACACAGGCUGACCCUGACAGCUUUGAAGUGGAGAAUGGCCCAUCAUUAUGCUGCAGUCCUUCAGACCCGCAGGCAUCCCCGGGUUCAGGUCUGGUCCUACAUCCCAACCUGGCGGGCCAUGGCCAGCGCCGGGAGUCCUUCCUGUACCGCUCUGACAGCGAUUACGACCUGUCACCAAAGUCUUUGUCUCGAAACUCUUCCAUUGUUGGAGAACUGCAUGGAGAGGACUUGAUUGUGACUCCAUUUGCCCAGGUUCUGGCAAGCCUUCGGACUGUCAGGAACAAUUUCACCACCUUGACAAAUGUACAAUGUGCAUCCUAUAAAAAGUCUCCUGCUGCAAGUCAGCCUUCUGUUACCAAAGUCUGUCUAUCAGAUGAGUCCUACCAGAAGCUGGCUAUGGAGACCAUGGAGGAGCUGGACUGGUGUCUGGACCAGUUGGAGACCAUCCAGACCUACCGCUCAGUUAGCGACAUGGCCUCCAACAAGUUCAAGAGGAUGCUGAACCGGGAGCUGAGCCACCUGUCUGAGAUGAGUCGCUCAGGCAACCAAGUGUCAGAGUACAUCUCCAACACCUUCCUAGACAAGCAGAAUGAGCUUGAGCUUCCGUGUCCAGUUCCUAAGUCAAGGGAAAGGAAGAGGAGGCAGGGCCAGCAGCAGCAGCAGCAGCAGCAGCAACAGCAGCAGCAGGGUGGGAUGAUGACUCAGAUCAGUGGGGUGAGGAAGGUCAGCCAUACGCCCAGCAUCUCUGGAGGCUCCGGCAAUCGCUUUGGGGUCAAGACGGACCAGGAGGAGCUGCUGUCCAAGGACUUGGAGGAUAUCAACAAAUGGGGCCUGAAUAUCUUCAGAGUGGCAGAGCACUCUCAUAACCGACCGCUCACGUGCAUCAUGUACACCAUCUUUCAGGAGCGAGACCUGAUGAGGACGUUCAAGAUUCCAACGGACACCUUUGUGACGUUCAUGCUGACCCUGGAGGGCCACUAUCACUCCGACGUGGCCUACCACAACAGCCUGCACGCCGCUGAUGUAGCCCAGUCCACGCAUAUCCUCCUCUCCACGCCCGCACUCGAUGCGGUCUUUACUGAUCUGGAGAUCUUGGCAGCCAUUUUUGCUGCAGCCAUUCACGACGUGGACCACCCAGGGGUGUCCAACCAGUUCCUCAUCAACACCAACUCAGAGCUGGCUCUGAUGUACAACGAUGAAUCAGUGCUGGAGAACCACCACCUGGCCGUGGGCUUCAAACUGCUGCAGGAAGAGAACUGCGACAUCUUCCAAAACCUCACCAAGAAGCAGAGGCAGACACUCCGGAGGAUGGUCAUAGACAUGGUAUUGGCAACUGACAUGUCCAAACACAUGAGCCUGCUGGCUAAUCUGAAGACGAUGGUGGAAACUAAGAAAGUGACCAGCUCUGGAGUCCUGCUGUUGGAUAACUACACAGACAGGAUGCAGGUUUUGCGUAACAUGGUUCACUGUGCGGACCUGAGCAACCCAACCAAGCCUCUGGAUCUGUACCGGCAGUGGACAGACAGAAUCAUGGAUGAGUUCUUCCACCAGGGAGACAGAGAGAGGGAGAGGGGCAUGGAGAUCAGUCCCAUGUGCGACAAACACACAGCUUCGGUGGAGAGAACACAGGUUGGCUUUAUUGACUAUAUAGUCCACCCUCUAUGGGAGACGUGGGCUGACCUGGUCCACCCUGAUGCCCAGGACAUCCUGGACACACUGGAGGACAACAGGAAUUGGUACCAGAGCAUGAUCCCCCAGAGUCCCUCCCCUCCCUUCUACACUAGCGAUGGGGAGGGCGGCCCACAUGGGGAGGUGGAGGGGGGACCUGCGGCGAGUAAAUUUCAGUUUGAACUGACGCUGGAUGACCAAGAUGGGGACAGUGAGAGCGGGAUGAUGGAGACAGCUGACAGCGUGACACUCCAAGACCAUCCCUCUGAUCCGGACGGGGUAGAAACAGAGACGCGUGACGUCUCCCCAGCAGAAACAUAGCUGAACUGAUGGUGUUCUUUGAGUGCAGCAGGUUUUUUUGCUGUUUUGGCUGAGUUCAUUGAAUUGCAGUGGAGCAAUCCUGCAAUCUGGCUCUUUGGAGCUGCCUGGCAAAGAGGGCCUGACUGAAUGUGGGGCACCCCUGCAAACGAGGCUGGGAAACCCUGUGGCAGUUUGUUUUUGAGCCCCCUAGAUGGGAGCUGGAAGAGCGUAGCGACUGAUCUUGAAAGAAGGGACUACUGUCGUGCUGCAGAGGCAGGGCUGAAUCUUGGUUCUCACAAAGGAAGUGAAGUGGACGAUAUGUAUCCGUGUACUGGGACUCGUAUAAAUUCCAAACUUUGCACUUCAGGACGUUUUUUAUGUUCAUUACGAUUCUUUGUAUUGUGUCGCGAUCGGAUGCCACCUGGUUAAGUGUCCAACCAAAACUACUGGUCAGCAAGUUAUUUGUAAACAAGUAGUUUUUUCUAACACUUGUCUAAAAAAAAAAACAAAGUUAUGUGCCUUUUUUUUUUAAACAACAGUGUCUUUUUGUACGUGUUUUUAUAAUUUAUUGAACACAUUCAUGUAGCUGGAAAAUGUGUCAAAUUUUUGACAAAAGGACAUAUUUGUCUCACACAGUCUUCCUAAUGUUCUGGCAAUAGUAUAAGCUUGUUCUCACAAAAGCAUCCAGUGGAUGUAUUUCUAAAAUCAGCUGACUUCCCAGCACAAUUUGCACUUUGUGGCAAAGGACGAAGAGAGUGGAAAGUAUCAGUAUUUUACAGAAAACAUUAUAGUAAACAUGUGAAACCAAAAGAAUAAUUUAAGUUUAUUCCCCAAUAAUCAUUCAUUCAUAAACAAUUAAGUAAGUCAUAGACUAUAUUACUUGAAAGUGGAGCAAAGUUUUGUAUUUUUGAGUCCAAAAACAUCUUUAAAAAAAAAAACCUCCAAAGAUCCUGUAAAAAAAGCUCUUUGAUGAUUUCACUGCCACCUCUGAAAAGUGUGAUCCCACACUUGAAGACAACAAGUCAAACUUCCAACCAGAAGCCAAAUUGAUCCCUUGUAUCUUCCUGUUGCUGGAUAAAGAGUUCAGGCAAAUGAAAGGGAAAUAUCACCAAAAAUAUCCAAGAUCCAACAAUCCCCUCACCUUGUAUUGUGCUGAGCUAUUCCAGUAUGGGAAAUCUGUUACCACCUUGUAAUUCCCAUUGUCAUCAGCUCACACCUGUUGUAAUUAACAGCAUUCCAUCCUCGUGAAUACACUUUACACCGUGACCCAUUUUAAACUUUGAAUGACUGUAAGACUGUGUGCACAUUUUAAAGACACCUGUUAGCGAUAGAUUAAUUGUAUCUUGUAGUUUUUAUUCCAGCACUUUGAAUAAAUCGACAGUUUGGCAGCUGGUUGCUGAUCUGUCCAACACUACCUUAAAGGUACCACAUUGUAAGGUGCAACCCUCAGAAUAGAAAUAGGAAUAGGGGGGCUGGGUCAAUAUCGUGUCAUGACAUGAUAUUUCCUGUGUGUGUGUGUGUGUGUGUGUGUGUGUGUGUGUGUGUGUGUGUGUGUGUGUGUGUGUGUGUGUGUGUGUGUGUGUGUGUGUGUGUGCUUGUGUGUGAGUGCGUGUGAAGUGGUCACAGAGUUGCACAAUCUUGUUGCACCCAGCUGUGAUGUGCUGACCCCUCAGCUGUUUGUAACAGUGUAUUUAUUAUCUUAUUCUUGUAUAUGAUUAUAUUGAUAUUGAUUGUUAAUAUUCCCUGUAUAUUUGUUAUUAUUUAUAUUCACUACCACAUGUCAAAUCACGGUUUGACUGAACUUGUAUGGUGGUUCUGACUUAUUGUAUUUCACAAGCUGUUUGCUGUUUGGUUUAUAAGACCAUAACAUGAAGUUAUGCAGAUCAAUUUUGACAAUUUGAAAUGUAUGUUUGGUUUUAAAAUUCCAGCCAGAAGAUGUUUGUACAGUCUGAACCAACAACACCUUAUGUUAGGUGCAGAAGAAGUCUGGCUUUAGUUUUUGUCUUUUGUUCCUGGUGGAUUAUGAAGGCUGGAUAUUUGCUGCAGUAUAUUGUGUACGGUGACUGGUCAUUGUACAGCUAUAGGAAUAUUUGCUGAAAUAUAUAACAUUGUUUCAAAUAUAUUUUUUCAGUGUUUUCCUCACAAUAUAUGGUAAAUGGUGUAUGUUGUGCUCAACAAAUGUUUUCUAUCAGAUUAUUAAAAUGGGCAUGUAUUACAGAA